UCAGUUGCAGUCCAAGUAUGGCUUCCCUUUUGAGUUUAGCUUUUCCAAAAAGCACAAGAAAAAUAUUCCAGAAUAGCAAAAAUUAAAACACAGAAAAAUAACUAAAAUAAAUAUAAAUGUAAAAUGUCAGUUUCAAGUUGUCACUUGUCACUAGAUUGUCUUGUUGUGGUAUUUAAACUAGAAACUGAUUUGUGGAGAAGAAAGAAGAAAAGAAGAAAUAUCCAUCUCUUUUUCUGUGUCAGUAACUAAGAUUUUCAAUGGGUGGUUCCGAAAACUUUGGGAUUUACUGAAGCAAUAGGCAGGGAUUUGGCAAAGCAAAAGCUUGUGGAUUUGUAACCAUCAUUAUUUUCAUGGAUUUGUUUGGAUCCCAAGUCACAUUGAACUAUUUGUUCAAUCUUCAAUCCAUUGAGCUAAGGUAACCUUCUUGAUUCCUGAAUAAACUUGUGUUCCGACCCUGCAAAGUGCGGAGUCUUGUUGGUUUAAAGGGUUUCUGUAUAUGGUUUUGGGAAGCUGAAUGUGUUAACUGGAACUGCUAUGGCAAAACUCUCUCUCUCUUUUCUGCCUUUGGUUCUUGCUAUCAUUCUAUCUUCAGUUCGUCAUUCCGAACAACGUCAAUCCUCCGAAGCUCAGACCCUUUUGAGAAUUACGCAACUCAUAAACUUUCCCGUUGUGAAAAGCUUGAAUAACGACACAGAUUUUUGCAACUUUGAAGUGAAUGCUGCUUUUACGGUCUCAUGCUACGAAGGAAGCAUAACCCAGCUGCAUAUAAUCGGCGAAAAACCUGCUCCUUUGUUGCCUCAAAACUUUUCGAUUGAUUCCUUUGUAACAACUCUGGUUAAGCUUCCGAGGUUGAAGGUCCUCACAUUGGUUUCUGUUGGUCUAUGGGGAACCUUGCCGGCUAAAAUCGCACGUUUAUCAUCACUCGAAAUACUUAAUGUGACUUCAAAUUUCUUGAAUGGCACCAUCCCUCCAGAGCUUUCCUCUCUAACAAGCCUCCAGACUCUUGUACUCGAUAACAACAUGUUUUCUGGACCGCUUCCAGAAGGGCUGAGUUCACUUCCAGUUUUGUCUGUUUUGAGUUUGAAGAAAAACUCGUUCAAUUCGUCCUUGCCGAGUUCAUUGAGUGAUUUGGGAAAUCUUAGAGUUCUCGGGCUUUCUCAAAACCGUUUCCAUGGGGAACUGCCGGAUCUUAGUCGUUUGACAAACCUUCAAGUUCUUGAAGUGGGAGAUAAUGCUUUUGGACCUCAGUUUCCGAAACUUGGGAAAAAGUUGGUCACCCUUGUACUGAGAAAGAACAAGUUUAGGUCUUCCAUCCCUGCUGAAUUGAGCUCGUAUUAUCAGCUACAACGUCUAGACGUUUCUUCCAACGUGUUCAUGGGGCCAUUUCCUCCAUCGCUGCUAUCUCUACCUUCGAUUACUUAUCUUAAUAUUUCGGGAAACAAGUUUACAGGAAUGCUUUCUGAAAAUUUGCCUUGCAAUGCUGAACUUAAAGCUGUGGAUUUGUCCUCGAAUCUUUUGACCGGAAGCUUACCUAAAUGUCUUGAGUCGGAUUCUAAGGACAGGGUUGUCCUGUAUGCAAGGAAUUGUUUAGCUACUAGUAAUCAAAAUCAACAUCCGGUUCAAUUUUGCCUCAAUGGGGCGUUAGCUGUUGGAAUCGUACCUGACCAAAGCAAGCGAAAGAAAGCCUCCAAAGCAGCCCUUGCCAUAGGUAUAAUUGGAGGGAUUUUCGGAGGUGUUCUACUUGUCGGUCUGAUUUUCCUUGUACAUAGAAGAAUUAAUACCAACAAGACAUUGAAGAAAUCUCCACCAAGAUCAAUAACAGAGAAUGCAUCAAGUGGAUAUACAUCAAAGUUACUAUCAGAUGCAAGAUAUAUAUCUCAAACAAUGAAGACGGGAGCGCUUGGCCUUCCAAGUUAUCGAACCUUUUCACUCGAGGAACUUGAGGACGCAACACAAAACUUUGAUACGUCUACUUUCAUGGGUGAAGGCUCACAUGGACAGAUGUACAGAGGCCAGUUGAAGGAUGGUUCUUUUGUUGCCAUCAGAUGCUUGAAAAUGAAAGGAAGUCACAGCACUCAAAAUUUCAUGCAUCACAUAGAGCUGAUUAUGAAACUACGGCAUCGCCAUUUGGUCAGCGCACUUGGACACUGCUUUGAGUGUUACUUGGAUGAUUCGAGCGUCAGCAGAAUAUUUCUUGUUUUCGAAUAUGUACCAUAUGGCACACUCCGGAGCUGGAUAUCUGAGGGACAUCCCAGACGAUCACUCGCGUGGACACAACGCAUAGCAGCUGCAAUUGGCAUAGCGAAGGGCAUUCAGUUUUUGCACACAGGGAUCAUGCCUGGUGUAUAUUCAAGUAAUCUUAAAAUAACAGACAUUUUACUGGAUCAGAAUUUUGGUGCGAAAAUUAGCAGUUACAACCUUCCUCUGUUAGAAGAAAAUAUGGAACAGGGUGGUCAUGGAGUCUCUUCAAGUGGAUCCAUAACUUCUAGUACCGGUGCAAGGAAGAAACACGACGAUAGGACUGAUGUUCAUGACUUUGGAGUAAUAUUGCUGGAACUGAUCAAGGGGAGACCGGUUAAGUCUGAGGCUCAAAUCGAGGAUUUAGAAGAUCAGGUACAAGUGGCCCUUACAGCUGAUGAUGCAGCUCGAAGAAGCGUAGUUGAUUCACGGAUUAAGCAGACGUGCUUGGAUCUGUCAGUGAAGACAAUGAUGGAAGUUUGUGUUCGGUGUCUGGGCCAGGAUCCAGCAGAUAGGCCUUCUAUUGAGGAUGUUCUGUGGAACUUGCAGUAUGCUGAACAAGUUCAGGAUGCAUGGCAAGGAGGAGAAUCCCAGAGCAGUGAGGACUCUCCGGUUUCAUCUCCAAAACCUCCACGCCUCGCCUUCAAGUUGUGAGUUACCGGAGUUUUUUUUAAUGCUUGAGAAUUCAUACCACGGAUACCUACACAAAGAUGACGACUUCCGCCGCGAAAGAUGUUACAUUGCUCAUAUCCAGCAUCAUACGUUACUGAAGACCAUAAAAAGGGAUCAAUUGAUGGGGAAACUGCCUUGCCGGCCAGUGAUCUAUGUUCUGCAGCAGUUCAGAGAUUUCUUGGUUUUCAAGUCACAACUGUAAAUUAAGGAGUGUAAACAAUCACUUUUGACCGUCUAUAUAUGUUCAUCAUCUUAUUACAUUUGUACCCGAUGUUUUGAC